AUGAGAUCCAAGUUCAAGGACGAGCACCCCUUCGAGAAGCGCAAGGCCGAGGCCGAGCGUAUUCGCCAAAAGUACUCCGACCGUAUUCCCGUUAUUUGCGAAAAGGUCGAGAAGAGUGAUAUCGCUACCAUCGAUAAGAAGAAGUACCUCGUACCGGCGGACCUCACCGUGGGCCAGUUCGUUUACGUCAUCCGCAAGCGCAUUAAGCUGUCGCCCGAGAAGGCCAUCUUCAUCUUCGUAGAUGAGGUCCUGCCUCCAACCGCUGCUCUCAUGAGCAGCAUCUACGAGGAGCACAAGGAUGAGGAUGGUUUCCUCUACAUCACAUACUCGGGCGAGAACACCUUCGGCGACUUCGAGACUGCGUAA